AAUGCUAAAAUUUCUUUUAUUACAUUUUGGAGAGUAUAGAUGUUUGAUCCUCAACAACUAUAACAAGUAAAGUAAAGAAUGAGGACACAGGAAGUCCCUUUUAUAAGAGUAUAAUAGAGGUGUAAAUAACAUAUGAGAUUUCUUCUACCUUCCUAGAUAUUGAAUGCCCAGUGAAGUCCUGGGCAGAAGAAUGAUGUGGGAAAACUGGACAAUUGUCAGUGAAUUUGUUCUUGUGAGCUUUUCAGCCCUAUCCACUGAACUUCAGGCUCUAUUGUUUAUCCUUUUCUUGACCAUUUACCUGGUUACUUUAAUGGGCAAUGUCCUCAUCAUCUUGGUCACUACAGCUGACUCUGCACUACAAAGUCCUAUGUACUUCUUCCUCAGAAACUUAUCCUUCCUGGAGAUAGGUUUCAACUUGGUCAUUGUGCCCAAGAUGCUGGGGACCCUGAUCAUUCAAGACACAACCAUCUCCUUCCUUGGAUGUGCCACUCAGAUGUAUUUCUUCUUCUUUUUUGGGGCUGCUGAGUGCUGCCUCCUGGCCACCAUGGCAUAUGAUCGCUAUGUGGCUAUCUGUGACCCCUUGCACUACCCAGUUGUCAUGGGCCACAAAUCCUGUGCCCAGCUGGCAGCUGCUUCUUGGUUCUCAGGGUUUCCAGUGGCCACUGUGCAAACCACAUGGAUUUUCAGUUUCCCUUUUUGUGGCCCCAAUAGGGUGAACCACUUCUUCUGUGACAGCCCUCCUGUCAUUGCACUGGUCUGUGCUGACACCUCUCUGUUUGAACUGGAGGCUCUGACGGCCACUGUCCUAUUCAUUCUCUUUCCUUUCUUGCUGAUCCUGGGAUCCUAUGUCCGCAUCCUCUCCACUAUCUUCAGGAUGCCCUUGGCUGAGGUGAAACACAAAGCCUUCUCCACCUGUUCCUCCCACCUCCUGGUUGUCUCUCUCUUCUACAGCACUGCCAUCCUCAUGUAUUUCCGACCCCGAUCUAGUGCCUCUCCCGAGAGCAAGAAGCUGCUGUCACUCUCUUACACAGUGGUGACUCCCAUGUUGAAUCCCAUCAUCUACAGCUUAAGGAAUAAUGAAGUGAAGGCUGCACUGAAGUGGGUUAUCCACAGGACCCUGGGCUCUCAGAAACUAUGAUUGACUUAGGUGGAAACUGAAGGGUUAAAAUGUAAGCACACAAAAAAAUGAAUUCCUCAAGUGGGUUUUGUGUCUCUACUCUUUUUAGGUGACACAGUAUGCCUACUGAUUUUUUUUUUUAACUUUCUACUAAGACUUAUUUAUGAAAGAAAGAACAUGAGGAAUGAAAGAAAGCAUUGUCGUAGUCUGAGUAUUCUAUGGGACAGUGGUACCAGUGUCUCUGGAGAUGCUUCUAGUUUAUAUAAAUUAGGAUCCUCUGAAGAUCAAUAAUUAUAAUCUACCAUUUUAAAAGAUUUGUUUCAGCCUUUCUCAAACUCCCUCAUCCAUUUCAUUUUAUAAUUUUCUGCUUUACUUUCUUCUAUUUGUCUAAAACCUACCUGCAUGUUUCUAGGCUUUGU